GUGUCAUGUGACUGCGGGGUGCUUAAAGCCUGUAGUAGAGAAGGAAGCGACGUGCUGCGAGGUCCUAGGCCGGGGGCUGACGGCGGAUGGGAUGGAGACGACCUUGGAGCAGCACUUGGAGGACACAAUGAAGAACCCGUCCAUUGUUGGAGUCCUGUGCACAGACUCACAAGGACUUAAUCUGGGUUGCCGUGGGACCCUGUCAGAUGAGCAUGCUGGAGUGAUCUCUGUUCUAGCCCAGCAAGCAGCUAAGCUGACUUCUGACCCCACUGAUAUUCCUGUGGUGUGUCUAGAAUCAGAUAGCGGGAACGUUAUGAUCCAGAAACAUGAUGGCAUCACAGUGGCAGUGCACAAAAUGGCCUCGUGACAUCCCAUAUCAGGUCUCCAGCCUACCGCAGGGACUCGAUUCUAUCAUGCUGAUUAUCUUACUGAACUAUUAAAGUUCUAGUAGCUAGGCCAUUCAUAUAAUGUACAUUGGGCAUUUUUCUAUUUAUUUUAGAGUAAGGUGUUUUUUGGCACUCUGAAUUACCAUAUCAAAAUAUUGGUAAAAAAGGAUCACGUUUUGAAGCAGCAUGUCCAGGUUACUUUGUAUAUAGAAUUUUGUUGUAUUCAAUAAAUCUGGUUGGAGGAAA